GGAAUCGUUUCCUCUUAAUUCUAAACCUAUUGGAGGUUAUGAGACAUUUAAAGAAUCUGCUGCUGGUCUAGUUGAUGGAUGGAUUGAAGAACAUAUUGGAAGGAUGAAAAAGUUCCUUCCAGUUUUAUUUUCUUCUAUUCUCUAGGGCUGCUUUGUUUUUAAACCAGGUCCCAAGAAGAGAAGGGUGUCUCAGAAACCAGCUAAUUAUUUCGGAGAAGGAGAGAAUGAUUCAGAGGAUGCUCAGUCGCGGUUUGUUACUUGUCAAUCUUUGUGGAGUCAGAUCAAGUUGCAAACAGAGCAAAUACAGGAAGACUUGAAUAAGCAGUUGUUUGAUAAUCUAGUAAAUUUUUUGAGGCAGUCUCAUUCUAAGUUCCAGGAGAAGACAACAGAAUGGGCUUGUCGGAUGAAGUCCAGAGAAAUCCCUACUGCAGCUCUUGUCUUAGGUGUAAAUGUUACGGAUCAUGACUUGACUUUCAGAAGUAUCUCAGAAGUCCUUCAGAAUAAAGUUACUCCUUAUAUAGCCUUGCUGGAAGGCAAAGAUUGCCCAGGCAUAAAAAACCUGAUGCAGAAGCUUAUGGGGCAGCUGAUGAACUGCUACGUCGAUGUGGACUCAGUGGAAGAUGAGAGCUGUGUGCAGGUUUCUCAGAGUAGAGUACGUUGUUCAAUGACUUCUCUUAUCAACUGGUACAAGAGUGUAACAAAGACUUCAAGGAAAGCGAUUUCUGAAACUCCAAGCAGAAAAAGAGCUUCCUCUUCUAGACACUGUCAAUCUCCUCUGGUUGUAGUUAUAUUCAAAGAUUUGGAAAGUUUCACCACAAAAGUACUUCAAGACUUCAUAGUCAUCAGCAGUCAACAUAUCCACGAAUUACCUCUAGUACUGAUUUUUGGAAUUGCUACAUCUCCGAUGAUUAUCCACAGCUUACUUCCUCAUUCUGUAUCCUCUCUGCUGUGCAUAGAGCUUUUCCAGUCCCUUUCCUGUAAGGAGCACCUGUCUACCCUAAUUGACAAGCUGCUUCUGACAGGCCAGUUUCCCUUUAAGCUGGGUGAGAAAGUUCUGCGGGUUCUCAUCAACAUAUUCUUGUACCAUGAUCUUUCUGUCCAGAAUUUUAUCAAAGGAUUUCAGAUCUGUGUGGUGGAGCACUUCUAUUCCCAGCCUCUUAGCAUACUGUGCUGCCAACUGGAAGACAUUAAGAAGAGGGUAAAGGCUUUAGGACAUGAUCAGUGUGAAAACAUUCGAAGACUGCCCUCUUUUAGAAGGUAUGUGGAAAAUCAAGUAUCAGAGAAACAGAUUGCACUGCUGACAGCAGAUGACUCUUUAAAG